AUCAGAAUCGUUUCGAAUAUGUCCAGUGGCCCCUCGCCGCAGAGCAGCAUCUGCCUGCUGUGGCUGGUCAUUUGCAAGACGGCCCGCUUCCAGCUGGCCAAUACGCUGACCAGCAUGAUUAUCAUUGUGGGGCCCAUCGUUGCCUUCCUCGUCUAUGCGGCCACGGCUCUAUUCCGGGAGACUCACGAAGAUUCGGUGGUGAUGUAUCCACCCGUCAAUAUGACAACCGAAGAGCCGUACAUUUUCUACUCACCUGAGAAUCUAAUUGUGGCUGGUGUCAUCGAGGAUGUGGUCCAGGGAUUGAAGGCCAGAGGCAGCGAGGCUUUUCCCAGCGGGGUUCAACUAAAUGGUGCUCUGACGGGAAUGGAUAAAUAUGGCUGCGUGGGCAUUGAGUUUGACGACACCUUCAGCCACAUUAGCGUAAUUCCUCGGAAAGUAUCGGUAGCCAUUCGCCUGCCACUUCACCUGCGGGAGAAUCCCAAGCUGACGUGGGACGACGAGUCAAUCUACAAGCACUCGGACCUGGACAUUGACUACUAUGAGGAGGAGGGGUUCCUAUCUAUACAGGCUGAACUGAGCAAGGCGUUGAUCAGGGCCAAAAACGAGAGUGCCAUCCUGCCGGAAGUAAUUCUGCAGCACUAUCCAGAUCCCAGGCAAGUGGAGGGCACGUUUAUGGAUAGUAGAACGUCCUUGACAGGGGUUCUCCUCCUGCCCUUCACCAUCUCCGCCGCAUACAUUGCCCAAAUGAUUGUAAUGGAAAGGCGGGAGCAUCUGAGGGCCAUGUUGCAGCUUCUGGGCGUCAGGGCAUGGAUAUACUGGCUCUCCUGGUUUCUGGUGGCCUUUCUCCUCUUGUCCAUUCCCACCGUCUUUAUGAUUCUCCUGCUAAAGUGGCGCUACUAUCCCCUGAGCGACUGGUCCCUGAUGCUCUUCUUUCUUCUGGUCUACAACUUUGAGGUCUUGUGCUCGGCCUUUAUGAUCUCAUCCUUUUUCACGGACACUGUCGGUGUCCAGGUGGCCAUCCUGGUCAUGCAUCUGUUCAGCUGCCUGCCCUGGCGCCUCUUGGUUAUGGGCUAUACGCCCACUUUGCCUCGGGCUAUAUUGGUCUGCCUCUUCCUAAAUAGCCAGUUGGCCAUGGGACUGCAAGAGUUCAUCAAAAGCGAGAACCUCAACAUAGGAAUGCAUUGGAAUGCGCUCUUCAAAGCGACCGAUUGGAGGGAAGAAUUCAUAAACCUGGGCCCCAUCCUGGUGUUCAUGUUGCUUGGCUGCUUCGGUCGCCUAUUGAUCCUGGUCUACAUGGAGCAGCUGAGGAGUUACCAGACUAGGAAGUGGUAUUUCCCAGUACAGCCCUCCUUCUGGUGCCCGCGAAAGGGUCGGCAGUCGUCCAUCCUUGAUCUCGAAGGUCAGAAGGAGGAUCGGAGGCGGUCUAGAAACCUUCCGGUGAUUGUGCGCGCCAGGAACCUGGAAAAGGUCUACAACGAACGCCUUGCGGUUAGCAACGUCAGCCUGAACUUUUACCAGGACGAGAUCACAGUGUUCCUGGGCCACAAUGAUUCCGGAAAGACGACCAUCUUUAUGCUGCUCGCCGGUUUCGUGAGGCCCACCGCCGGUGAGGUCACCAUUAAUGGGUAUGAUUUGGUUACUAAGCAAAGGAAGGCGCGUCAGUCGAUGUGCAUCUGCCCGCAGCACAAUGUGCUCUUCGAGAAGGUCAAGGCCAGGUGGCACCUCAAGUUCUACUGCCGGCUGAAGGGAAUGAACAGUAAAGAGGCCUCUGCCGAGGCGGACAAGUACCUGGAGAUUGGCCACCUGCAGGAGUAUGCCGACACGAAGGUGAAGGAUCUACCCAGUGGCCUGAAGCGGAUGCUCAUGCUGUGCUGCAACCUGUGCGGCAACUCGAAGAUUCUCCUCUUGGACGAGCCCGGCACCAGCCUGGAUCCUCUGCUGCGGAGCGACAUGUGGCACCUGCUGCGCCGGGAACGCAAGGGUCGCUGCAUCAUCAUGGCCACGCACAAUAUGCUCGAGGCCGAGGUGGUUGCCGACCAGAUAGCCGUCCUCUGCGAUGGCCAGGUGAUCGGUUACGGCACCACCGGCUUCCUCACCCAGUUGGCCGACACGGGCUCAUCCUACCUCCUGAUCUGCACCAAGCUGGACGGCUGCUGGGUGGCAGAGGUUACGCACUUUCUGCAAAAACGCAUGCCGGACAUCAGGCUGCAUGACGAGUACGGAAUCUACGUGUCUUACGAUCUACCAACCAAAUAUGUAGAGAAAUAUGCGGUUUUGUUUCUGGAGCUGGAGGAUGCACUGGAGGAUCUGAUGCUGCAGGAGUUCAGUGUGAGUGCCCCCACCCUGGGCAGUGUCUUUCUGCGGAUCGGAGAAGAAGUGAGGGAGAGCUGGAACCGGAUCAGCUCGGUUAACAUGGCAAGCCCCUCGCCCCUGUCAUCUCUGCUCAAUCUUCUACCGACCUUCGAUUUCCGGGAGGACGAUGGUAACAAGAAGUGCUGCAACCAGUGGAGGGCCAUCAUGGAGAGAAAGCGAAUCUUCGCGUGGCGCCACAGAAGGUUGUACAUUCUGCUCGUCACGAUGCCAAUUAUCAUUUGCGCCCUGGUCUACGGAAUUGCCUUCCUUAUCUUCAUGAUCGAACGAAACCCUUGCGAGCUACUGGUCACGGAUCUGAGGCUCUACACUAGGCCGGUGUUUGUGAUCGAAUCUCCCGGGGAUGAGGAUAGCCUUGCCCAGCGCUACAGGCAGAAUGUCUUGAGUCGGGGAGCAUCGGUUCGCAGCACAGGAGGAACUCCCCUUCCCGAGUAUCUCCUAAAGGAGAUGAAGUCGGAUCAGUUGAGGGUGCAGCACUCGUUUUUAGCCGGCGUUACCUUCAACCAGAGUGCCAGUUCCAUUGUCGCCUGGUCGAACAACAAACUGGAGCACGGUUCCGCGCUUUCCUUGGGCAUGGUGUACGCUGCCUUGGGCGAGGAGCUGGCUGACCUGGAUAUCCGGAUUGUGAACAAACCGUAUGAGGAUUCGAUUAAGCAGGCCAUGUCCACGCUGGCCGAGUACUGCUACAUAGAAUUCGCCGUGCUCCUGUUUCAUUACCUUGUGAUGGCGACCAUCGUUUUUGCCGCCUUGCCGAUCAUCGAGCGCCAGACGAACGUGCAGCACCAGCAAUUUAGCAGCGGGAUGAGCCGGACCACCUACUGGCUGUCGCACCUCUUCUGGGACUAUUGCCUGUUCAUCGUCAUGGUCGUUGUUCUGAUCGCGGCCAGCGGAAUCACGGUGGGAUCAGCACAAGCCGUAACACUCCUACUGCUCGCCUUCGGGUUCUCCGUCAUUUCGUUCACCUACCUGAUGUGCCUGAUGUCCAAUGAUUUUGGCAAGAUGUUUAGCAUUAUACUGUACAUUAACAUGAUAGGCGUUCUGGCAUUGUUCAUCCAUCCCAAGAGCAACGAAACGCGCUAUGCUUUUCUUGAGACUGUGCUCUUAUUUCAUCCACACUAUUCCUUUUUUUGUGGCAUGUACGAUAUCACCUUGGGCACAUCCACCUACAGCUGGAAAGAACUUAAAUAUCUGAUCGUCAGCGGAAUGGUCUAUCUGAUCCUGGUUCUCUUGUCGUGGCUUCCCCGCAGGAUAAACUAUACCUUCAAAUCCAUUAGGAACGAAAAAAUAGAACCAAGCCACAGAAUUGAGGAUCAAGAAGUGAAAGAAGUUCGGAAGAGAUUAGCCUACUUGACCACCAGACAUUAUAGUCAUUUCCCUCUCAUCCUGAAGGACGUAUCAAAACGGUACGGCAGUUUAGUGGCAGUUCGAUCACUAACACUGGACCUCAAUCCCUUUGAGUGCGUUGGUUUGCUGGGAAGGAAUGGGGCGGGCAAGUCCAGCACCUUCUACAUGAUCGUGGGCAUGCAGUCGAUCACGGUGGGCAACAUUCACAUCAAGGGCUUCAGCUUGAAGAAGCGCCGAAGGGACGCACUGCGUCACGUGGGCUUUUGUCCGCGGGAAGAGAUGCUUUCGUCGUACAUGACGGGCAGGGAAACGCUGCACUUCUGUUGCCUGGUCAACGGCAUCCGGCGGGAUCAUGUCAACAAGUUGGUGGAGUCACUGGCCGAGUGCUUUGGACUCGCCCAUCACAUGGACAAGCGUAUCGGCACCUACAGCAACGGCACCAAGCGGAAGCUAAUGAUUGCCAUGGCCACCCUGGCGCCCACGCUGAUGUGCCUCGAUGAACCCACCGCCGGCGUGGACAUGCACGCCAAGUACGAGAUCUGGAAGAUUCUGGAGAGCAUCCGGCAGGGCGGUCGCGCCAUCCUCCUAACCACGCACAGCAUGGAGGAGUGCGAGUUCCUGUGCACCAAUGUGGGCAUCAUGGACCACGGCUCGCUGCUCUGCUACGGAUCCUUGCCGCGCCUGAAGUACCGCUUCAACAAGGGCAUCUUCGUCAAAGUGAAGAUGGGCACCCGAGAGGAAAUGGACGAUGCGGCGGAGGUUUACGGCCGGAUCACCAUGAUGCAGGAGGCCAGUGACAGUGAAGUGGGAAGCACGACGGGUUCACGUCGCAUGUCGUUGGCCCACUUGGUCAGACAUCAUAAGCCCACAAUGGACGCGGUCAGGAAGUCGGAACGCAGCCGAUCAAAAGCAAGUGCCGGCAGUUUCCAAUCGGACAAUCAGGAUAGCUACGACCUUUUGUUGCAACGAUUAGAGGAAGUCUUUAAAAAGGACCAUCCCUAUUGCAGCGUCAGCGAGAAGUACACCUACAGAGGAAUGAUUACCUUUUGCAUCCCAAAUGAGCAGGUAAAGUUAUCCGCGAUUUUCCUCUACAUGGAGAACUUAAAAAGCGAUAUGCAGAUAUUGUACUACUCGGUCAGUCACACGACUUUCGAAGAUGUGUUCAUGGAGUUUGUCAGAAAGCAUAAUGAAUAGAAUAGUAAAUCCCUUAAUGAAUCAUACAUAUGUUUAUCAACCUGCUGAGUGGCGGAACCCUUAUCGUAUCAGUACUGGAUUUGAAUGGCAAUCUGUGAAAGCUUCUGCCACCAAAUGCUAACAAAUCGGUAAAUUCAUAGGUUUGGCGUUGCGAAAAAAGAGUAAAUAAAUCAAGCGAUUUU